AUUUUUCUAGUUUUAUGAUAAGUUCGGGAGGCGAAGCCAAAGAUCCAAUCUGAUGUAUUGUUGCAUAAUCAAAGUUGGACUCGGCAACUCGGAAAGCUUUGACUGUGCCAGAAAAGACGAGUGUCUGAGUUAAUCUCUGAUAACUCGGAAGAAACCAAAGAACGAUUGAGUUACGGUCGAUUUCAGCGGGAAUUGAAAUGGCUGAUGAUGAGUCACCGAUCGAGCACAAGGCGUACGCCAGAGUCGGGUUUUUGGGGAACCCCAGCGAUGUCUACUACGGCCGAGCUAUCUCUUUCUCUCUCGGCAACUUCUGGGCUUCGGUCCGAUUGGAACCCUCCGAUGAAUUGAUCAUCAGACCCCACCCGACACACGAUCUCGUCAACUUUAGAUCUCUGGACCACUUGGUUCAUCGGCUGGAGAAUGAAGGUUACUAUGGCGGUGUGCGACUUCUUAUGGCAAUUUGUAAAGUUUUUCGUAAUUAUUGUAAAGAAAAGGAAGUUGAUCUUCAUGGCAAAAAUUUCACUCUUUCAUAUGAAACUAAUAUCCCUCGUCAGACAGGGCUUUCAGGUUCAAGUGCUAUUGUAUGUGCUGCCUUAAGCUGCCUUCUUGACUUCUACAACAUUAGGAAGUGGAUCAAAGUGGAAAUUCGGCCUCAGCUUAUCCUCAAUGCAGAGAAAGAGCUUGGAAUUGUUGCUGGUCUUCAAGAUAGGGUUGCCCAGGUUUAUGGAGGACUUGUUUACAUGGAUUUUAGCAAGAAACACUUGGAUGGCUUGGGGCAUGGUAUUUAUACACCCAUGGGCAUCAAUCUCCUCCCACCUCUCCAUCUCAUCUAUGCUGAAAAUCCAAGUGAUUCUGGCAAGGUUCACAGCACAGUUCGGCAAAGGUGGCUCAAUGGUGACGAGUUUAUAAUAUCAACAAUGAAAGAAGUUGCAAAUGCAGCUGAGGAGGGAAGGACGGCAUUGCUUGAAAAGGACUACGCCAAACUUAAGACUCUGAUGAACCAGAAUUUUGAUCUUAGAAGGAGCAUGUUUGGUGAUGAUGUUCUUGGUGCCAUGAACUUGGAAAUGGUGGAAGUAGCCCGAAGGGUAGGUGCUGCAUCAAAAUUUACAGGAAGCGGUGGAGCUGUGAUUGUGUUUUGCCCUGAUGGUCCUUCGCAAGUGAAGCUAUUAGAGGACGCAUGCCACAAAGCUGGUUUUAGAAUUGUACCAAUUGAAGUCGUUCCUUCUCUACUAAAUGAAGUCGAUCUCACAACCCUUCGAAAUUAGGAAAUUGUUCCUGCAAAGUUGGCACCAAUUGAAUCACCACCAUUCUUAUUCUUUUACAUGCUUAUUUUGGCUUCUUUUCUCAUUUUAUUUUAUUUUAUGACAUUUUCUGUAAUCACUAUAUUAGUGAGCGGAUGAUGGUUUUUUUGAGUUGUACUUCGAUUCAAACUGGGGUAGUUUUGGAUGUGCGUUCACUAUAUUAGUGGUGUGCUAAAUUUGAAAGCAGGCUUCUCCCAAGGAGGAAUACGUGUCCCUCUUAAUGUCUUCUGCGUAUUUUUACUUGUGGGAACACAACUCCAUUAAUGGGAAUUGUAGCAAUGACAGUUUUCCUUUUAA